GCGGGCUCGGCGCUGACUCCGCCGCACGCUGCAGCCGCGGCUGGAAGAUGGCGGGGAACGACUGCGGCGCGCUGCUGGAUGAAGAGCUCUCGUCCUUCUUCCUCAACUAUCUCUCUGACACGCAGGGUGGGGAUUCUGGAGAAGAACAGCUGUGUGCUGACUUACCAGAGCUUGACCUCUCCCAGCUGGACGCCAGUGACUUUGACACAGCCACGUGCUUUGGGGAGCUUCAGUGGUGCCCUGAGAACUCAGAGACAGAGCCCGUCCAGUACAGCCCUGAUGACUCGGAGCUCUUCCAGAUUGACAGUGAGAAUGAAGCUCUCUUGGCUGCGCUUACCAAGACCCUGGAUGACAUCCCCGAAGACGACGUGGGGCUGGCUGCCUUCCCGGGGUUGGAUGAAGGCAGCACACCAUCCUGCACCCCAGCAUCACCUGCUCCCUUAUCUGCACCCCCCAGCCCCGCCCUGGAGAGGCUCCUGUCCCCAGUAUCUGAAGUGGAUGAACUUUCACUGCUGCAGAAGCUCCUCCUGGCCACAUCCUCCCCAACGGCAAGCUCUGAUGCGCUGAAGGACGGGGCCACCUGGUCCCAGGCCAGCCUCAGUUCCAGAAGUCAGCGGCCUUGUGUCAAGGUGGAUGGCACCCAGGACAAGAAGACCCCCACGCCACGGUCUCAGAGCCGGCCGUGUACGGAACUGCAUAAGCACCUCACUUCGGUGCUGCCCUGCCCCAGAGUGAAAGCCUGCUCCCCAACCCCCCACCCAAGUCCUCAGCUCCUUUCCAAGGAGGAUGAGGAGGUGGGGGAGGAUUGCCCAAGCCCCUGGGCAGCUCCAGUCUCUCCUCAAGACUCCCUAGCACAGGACACAGCCAGCCCCGACAGUGCCCAGGCUCCUGAGGAGGAUGUGAGGGCUGUGGUACAGCUCAUUCGCUACAUGCAUACCUACUGUCUGCCUCAGAGGAAGCUGCCCCAACGGGCCCCAGAGCCAAUCCCCCAGUCCUGCAGCAGCCCCUCCAGGCAGUCCCCACCCCGAUCCCGGCAUCCCCCCAAAGCCUUCUGGACUGAGUUCUCCAUCCUAAGGGAACUUCUGGCCCAAGAUAUCCUCUGUGAUGUUAGCAAGCCCUACCGCCUGGCCAUACCUGUCUAUGCUUCCCUCACACCCCAGUCCAGACCCAGGCCCCCCAAAGACAGUCAGGCCUCCCCUGCCCACGCUGCCAUGGCAGAAGAGGUGAGAAUCACUGCUUCCCCCAAGGGCACCGGGCCUAGACCCAGCCUUCGUCCUUUGAGGCUGGAGGUGAAACGGGACGUCAACAGGCCUGCAAGGCAAAAGCGGGAGGAAGAUGAUGAUGAUGAAGAGGAGGAAGAGGAAGAAGAGGAGGAAGAAGAAAAAGAGGAAGAGGAAGAGGAAUGGGGCAGGAAGAGACCAGGUCGUGGCCUGCCAUGGACCAAACUAGGGAGGAAGGUGGACAGCUCUGUGUGCCCCGUGAGGCGCUCCAGGAGACUGAAUCCAGAGCUCGGCCCUUGGCUAACAUUCACCGAUGAGCCCCUAGGUGCUCUGCCCUCGAUGUGCCUGGCUACCGAGACCCACAACCUGGAGGAAGACCUGGGCAGCCUCACAGACAGUAGUCAAGGCCAGCAGCUUCCCCAGGGAUCCCAGAUCCCCUCCCUGGAAAGCCCCUGUGAGAGCGGGUGCGGGGACACAGAUGAAGACCUAGGCUGCCCCCAGCCCCCUUGCAGAGACUCCCCCAGGUGCCUCAUGCUGGCCUUGUCACAAAGCAACCCUCUUGGCAAGAAGAGCUUUGAGGAGUCCUUGACAGUGGAGCUGUGUGGCACAGCAGGACUCACGCCACCCACCACACCUCCAUACAAGCCCAUAGAGGAGGACCCCUUCAAACAGGACACCAAGCACAGCCCAGGCCACGACACAGCUCCCAGCCUCCCCUCCCCUGAGGCUCUUCAGCUCCCAACCACCCCAGGGGCUUCCCACAAGCUGCCCAAGAGGCACCCGGAACGAAGCGAGCUCCUGUCUCAUCUGCAGCACGCCACAACCCAGCCAGGCUCACAGGCUGGCCAGAAGCGCCCCUUCUCCUGCUCCUUUGGAGACCACGACUACUGCCAGGUGCUCAGGCCAGAGGCUGCCCUGCAGAGGAAGGUGCUGCGGUCCUGGGAGCCAAUCGGGGUCCACCUUGACGACUUGGCCCAGCAGGGUGCCACUUUGCCCGUGGAAACAAAGACCCCUAGGAGGGAGGUGGACCAGAACUGUGACCCUACCCCCAAGGACAGCAUGCAGCUGAGAGACCAUGAGAUCCGUGCCAGCCUCACAAAGCACUUUGGGCUGCUGGAGACUGCUCUGGAGGAUGAAGACCUGGCUUCGUGUAAAAGCCCAGAGUAUGACACCGUAUUUGAGGACAGCAGCAGCAGCAGUGGUGAGAGCAGCUUCCUGCUAGAGGAGGAGGAAGAGGAGGAGGAGGGAGGGGAAGAAGACGAUGAAGGAGAGGACUCAGGGGUCAGCCCUCCCUGCUCUGACCACUGCCCCUACCAGAGCCCACCUAGUAAGGCCAGUCGGCAGCUCUGUCCCCGCAGCCGCUCCAGUUCUGGCUCCUCAUCCUGCAGCUCCUGGUCACCAGCCACCCGGAAGAACUUCAGACGUGAGAGCAGAGGGCCCUGUUCAGACGGAACCCCAAGCGCCCGGCAGGCCAGGAAGCGGCGGGAAAAAGCCAUCGGCGAAGGCCGUGUGGUAUAUAUUCGCAAUCUCUCCAGUGACAUGAGUUCUCGGGAACUAAAGAAGCGCUUCGAGGUGUUUGGUGAGAUAGUAGAGUGCCAGGUGCUGACGAGAAGUAAAAGAAGCCAGAAGCAUGGCUUUAUUACCUUCCGGUGUUCGGAGCACGCUGCCCUGUCCGUGAGGAACGGCGCCACCCUGAGAAAGCGCAACGAGCCCUCCUUCCACCUGAGCUAUGGAGGGCUCCGGCACUUCCGCUGGCCCAGAUACACUGACUAUGAUCCCACAUCUGAAGAGUCCCUUCCCUCAUCUGGGAAAAGCAAGUACGAAGCCAUGGAUUUUGACAGCUUACUGAAAGAGGCCCAGCAGAGCCUGCAUUGAUAUCAGCCUUAACCUUCGAGGAAUACCUCAAUACCUCAGACAAGGCCCUUCCAAUAUGUUUACGUUUUCAAAGAAAUGAGUAUAUGAGGAGGAGAGCGAGCGAGCGUGAGAGAACACACAGGAGAGAGAGACUUGAAUCUGCUGUCGUUUCCUUUUAAAAACAAAUCAAUGUUUACAUUGAACAAAGCUGCUUCCGUCCGUCCGUGAGUUUCCAUGCUGUUGAUGUUCCACUGCCACGUUAGUGUCAUCCUCGCUUCCAGCGGAUCGUCCUGGGUGCACCUCCAAAGUGCUGUCAGUCAUCCUCUGCCCCUCCCACCUGACUGACUCCCCUUCUGUAGACUUGAGCUGUGUUCACAUAACAUCUUCUGUCUGUAGCGUGUGAUGAUGAAAUUGUUACUUGUGAAUAGAAUCAGGAUUAGAAACUCAUUUUUAAUUGAAGAAAAAAGUAUAUCCUUAAAAAAACAAAAAAACAAAAACAAAUGUAUUUAUGGCUCAGAUCUACUGUGCCUGGGAUUAUCGUAUUGCUUCCUUGAUUGUUUAACUAUGCACUGUCAUGAAGUGUUUGCUACUGAGCUGCAUUGCUGCUCCCCUGGCCAUGGAGUCCUGGAGGUGCCAGGUGACCACUAGGUCCCCAAGAAAAAGGGGCUUGCAGUCACGGGUUAUGAAGAAGAGAGAGAGGUGUCCAGGUGUCUUCUACCAAGUCCUGGUGUCUUUUAUUUUGAGUGAGUUCCACUCAAGUUACAAUGAGAAUCCCUUUUCCCUGCCUACCCACACUUGGAGGGUGCCUGUCUUUUGUGCUCAGAGCCUUGAGUGCCUGUGAGGAAGGCGGAAUAAGCUGUGUCAGACCCAUUCCUCCGGGAAAGAGGAUAGUGCCCUGAGAGGUGAAAUGUCCUGCCCGAGGUCCCCUGGCCAGGGAGCAGGCAGAACAGGACCCUCGCCAAGCCUCCUGACUCCUGGCCCCAGCCUGCUGCAAUAGUUAACAUCAAGAUGCAAAAGUCAGAGGCUGGAGGAGUGGAAUUAGCUAAAUUGAGCAAUAGGCUAGAAGCCUAAUCGCUCAUUUGAGAACUGGGCCACCAGUUGACUUACCAGCAUUAAGGCAAAUUCAAGCUUCAGCAGAGACUCGCGUGUCCCUGAACUUUGAUCCUCAGUGUCUUGUGACUUAUCCUGCCUGCAGAGACCCCUCAAGGCUCUGAGACAGCUGCAAGUGGUGCACAGACUUCACCUCGGGAGCAGGGAGGUCAACUGGCAGCCCACCCUGGAUCCUGAGGUGUCCUUGCCUGCCCCUCCUCUGUAAAGUUAGAGGUGCCGAGUGAGGGGUUGUACAGGCUAGGUGUGGACAUGACACUCCCAAGGAGCAUUCACAGUGAGCUGACUACUGUCAAAGCCAUAUCCAGUGUGACAUUCUCUGGCUUCCAGGGCCCUUCACGAGGGUGAACCAGCUAAGCGGAGUAUCAACUCUAAUGCUUCAUAUAGAUCAGUUCCUCCUUAGUCUUGUGACAUUUUCUUUCUUUCUCCCCCUCCCCCUUCCCACCCAAUGUUCUGCCAAAUAAGAAAGUUUGAAAGUAAAUGACUCAUUAGACUAUCCAAGCUAAAUUAAUCAGCUGCUAAUGCCAGGCUUAUUCCUUUGAGAAUUGGUGGUUAAUUUUUUUUUUUUUU